GAAAGAAAAAGAAAAAAUGGGAAGAGGCAAGAUUGAAGUGAAGAGGAUAGAGAAUAACACAAGCAGGCAAGUGACGUUCUCGAAAAGGAGAGGAGGUUUGUUGAAGAAGACACAUGAACUAUCUGUUCUUUGUGAUGCACAAAUUGGUCUUAUCAUCUUCUCCAACAAAGGAAAACUCUUUGAAUAUUCAACUCACCCUUUCAGCAUGAGCCAAAUAAUAGAAAAAUACCUGAAUAUGACCGGAACUCAAAUUCCAGAACGAGACAACAGGGAACAAAUGUACAAUGAGUUGAGAAAGAUGAAGAAAGAAACUCAUGAUCUUCAACUAAGCCUACAACGGUACAAAGGUGGCGACUUGUCGUAUGUUCAUUUUGAAGAUUUGGAUGGACUCGAGCAACAAAUAGAGUGCUCUCUUGACAAGGUUCGAGCUCGGAAGUUUCAGCUCUUGCAGCAACAAUUGGACAAUCUUCAAAGGACUGAAAAGAUGCUGGAGAAAGAAAAUCAAGAAAUAUAUCGUUGGCUGAUGAGUAGCCAAGUUGAGAGACAUCAGCUAGAAAUGGAGCAUCAUCAAGAGGCCAUGACAGAGCUGAAGCUAGUGGGACAGCAGCACCAUGUUGAUGAUCAGCAACAACAAGUAUUGGAGCAGUUAAUCCCCUGUAGUUUCUAUGGUGAUCAGGAUGAUCAACUUGUAGAACCAGGACUUCUUCAGCUUGGAACUAACCACCAUCAAGUUCAUGUUCCAAGUCUGCAAUUCCAAGCCAAUUAUCAGCUCCAGCCCACUCAUCCUAACCUUCAAGAUCAGCCUAAUCUCAUCAUCCACAAUCAUCAUCCCAUCUAUGGUAUUAGUUUACAAUCUCAACCCUUUCAUUAUUUUCAAUUCAUACAUAUAAAUAUUCCUCUAAAUAUAAAAACAUUUCAUUAA